ACUUCAAAUACUACGACCUUCACAAGUACAGAUGUCAGAGAUGCUCGUAUUGUAGAGGCACUUUAGCACUCAUUUCCGAUCGCUUCUAAGAUUUUUCCUGUAAAAAUAUUUCUGGCAUAUCUAUGAUAUGGCCCAUCAUCCCGGGUGAACACCACUGUGAUUCAGGCAAUACGCCAUUGGUAAAUAUUCUUUCCACAAGUCAAGAAUUAGACGUCAUAGAGUCUCAAGUUUCGUGUUUGCCAACUCUUGGGAAUUCCUGCCGAUGAUCUUUCAUUCCUUGGCUCAGUAGCAUCUCUGUUGGUAAAUCAUCCCAGGACGUGUACUGCUGGCUAAAAAUACCCAAUUCUCACUAGCUGUUCAGAAAUAUGACGAGUUGCUUCACUGCAAUCUUGUUCCUUCUCCUCGGAUGUGUCGCUGUUUCAGUCACAGGACUCGACUGUUUCCAGUGUAAAAGCUACAAGUCAUGGGAAGAAUGCGAGUCUAUCAGAAACAAGGUUUUCUGUCUAGGCGCUACCAAGGACUGUAUCAAAGUUGAGGCAAAAGUACGGCAAAAAGACUCGGGCCGAAUUGGUCAAGUUUUUCUCAAAGGAUGCGCACGCACUUGUGAUACCAAAGAUGUGCCUAUCUGCCGUGAUGGGAUAGAUGUAGACGGGAACCCUGUGGUGUGUGAUGCAGCGUGCUGCACGGGGGACUUUUGCAACGCGGGCUCAGGCGUUUUGAUCAGUUGGAUCAGUCUUUCAAUGUGCGCUAUUCUGGGCAUUUUCACGUGCGCAUAAACACGCAAUUAAGAAGAAUGUCAGUGGAAAUUGUGACUGCUAUGGUAACUCCUGUUAAAUGAUGUUUUUAAAUGGUAGAUAAAAACGCGGAAAAAAAGCACCGUUGUUGUAGGUUUGUUGUUGUCGAGAAAAUCGAGCUAAAAAAGACUGAAAGUUCAAAACCUUGUAUUCACCCUCUCUCAAAGAAACACACACUGUAUAUUACAAAUAAGAGAUUCUCCUCUACAGUAAGGCUGCAAGACUUGGAGUAACACUAUGACCCUUUUGUAAAACACUAGUGCACUAAACGUUAAAUAACUUAGCUCUAUAUUCAAGUAAUUUUAAAGGGGUCCUGCUAUCUGUAACCCUUAUUUGCGCAAAGAAUUUUACACGUAAAGA